AUGAGUGACACAGCCCCCCAGAAGCCUCAGCAGGACCAGUCCUCAGGAAGUGGUCUCACUGCGGUAUCCCGACACCCGUGCAUCUCCGACCCCAUCGCCUCCAAGCGCGUCUGCUUCUACAAGAGCGGGGACCCCCAGUUCAGCGGGCUUAGGCUGGUCAUCAACAGCCGUACCUUCAAGACCUUUGACGCCCUACUGGACAGCCUGUCGAAGAAAGUCCCGCUGCCUUUUGGAGUGAGGAACAUCACCACCCCGAGAGGGGUGCACGCGGUCAAGACCCUGGAGGAGCUGCGGGAUGGACAGUCCUACAUCUGCUCUGACCAGAAGAAGGUCAAACCAAUCAACCUGGAGAUGGCCAGGAAGAAGCUGCCGCCGUGGUACAGUGCCCGGCCAGUCAGCGCCCGCCGGAGGGCCAUUCAGCUGGCGCGGCAGAACAUGGGCCGGUCUGCCAGAAGGGAAAACCCACUGGGGGUGUGGACACCCAAGAGGCUAGUGGUCUUCAGGAACGGAGACCCCAGCGUGAAGCACACCGUCCUGCUGCAGAGGAAAACCAUGCAGACCUUUGAGGCUCUGUUGGAUUACAUGUGUGAGAUCAUGCAGUUCCCAGUGGUGAAGCUAUACACUGCAGAUGGGAGAAGGGUGGAUGGUCUUCCAGCACUGAUUCUAUGUUCAGGAGCAGUUGUUGCUACAGGCCGUGAACCCUUCAAGUCAGGCAACUAUGAUCUUCUGAAACCCUCCCUGCCCACACGGCUUCCUGCAACAUCCAGUCGUGUCAUUCCAAAUAGGCUACAGCCAAAGACUCGUAAGUCUAAAUCACGAUCCAGUAGCUCAAAGUCCAGGAAUUUCUCUUUGUCGUCUGAGAAGUACUUUGUGAAUCAGAUCCAGAACUCCAUCACGGGAAGUGUGUAUGAUCUCCCCAGUAACCUCACUGGUUCGGUGGAGAUGGACCCAAACACCACACUGGGAUCUGUGGAGGCGGAGACUUGCACCUGUGCAGGAGAUUUGGGGGAGGACCACCACCUUGUGCCUCCCGAUGAUGAUAUAGAAAAGUCCUUCCGGGUCAACCAAGAUGGCAGCAUGACUGUGGAGAUGAAGGUACGACUGACAAUAAAGGAGGAAGAGACAGUACACUGGAGUACCACGUUAACAAGGUCCAGUGUUGCCAAUCAGCUCAACAUGGCUUGCCUCACACAGCCAGAGCAGGACAGUUGCACACCGGAUUCAAGCACUGUGCCAUCUAAAGACAAUGAUGGGCUAGAUCCUGAUGGAUAUGAAUCGAAGGAUGAGAACAAUAUCCUACCAAAUGAAAACGGGCCUAUUUGUGAAGAGGAAGAGGAUGAAACAUAUGGUGCAGGAUCUGAGGCAUGGCAGCCCACUUCUAGGAGGGCACCAACCCCUGGGCCAAGAAGCAUUAGAAAGAAACAGGCCUCAGUGGAAAGCAUCAAAAUGGAAACUGAAACAGGAAUACAGGAAAAUGUAGUUGGGACAUACUCCUACACAGAAGAAACUGUUGAAGGCAAAGUUACGGAGGAGUGCUGCAUAGUAAGACAGUGCAACAGCAAGCCCAUUCCCAAACCCAGGAAUUUGGGGUCCAUGGAAAUCAAUAAUAACAAACUGCAAUCCACCAUUGAUCCAUCAGGAGUAUCGGAAAUCCUACAUGAAGAGGAAAUUACAGAAACAGUGCUGCACAUAUAUGAGCAACAGAGCUGUCAUGACAAUUUCUUUGCCAAUACACAAUUCCAUGUUCGGAGCCAGUGUGAAUCAAUGCAUGGGAGACCUGCGUCUACCGACACAGGCCUUUAUUCUGCCAGCAAUGACUUUGAACUGGACCUAAGGAGACCAUUCACAGCUUCAGAAUCUCUGAGUGGCAGAAGGGCUGAGACCUUGUCCUUAUCGUCAGAGCCCAGGGUCCCAGCUUGCAAGAACAGAACUGAUCUCACCACUGACUAUGACAUUCAAACUGUUGCUAAUUCAGAAAGAGAAUGUGCAGGAUCAGCAGAGUACCUGGACAUAAGACACAUGCUAGAAAAACUGAGUUUAUCAAUUCAAGAAAUCAGACAGAUUUCAGAACAUAGACAACCUUCUUGUAUGGAGAAGUCACACAGCUUACCAGACUUUUCAUCCUACGUGGCUUCUACAUUUGGUUCAUCCCCCCAGGCACUCCUUGCAUUUUUAUCAGUUAUGACUUUAAAGGAAGGAAUCUCAAACACAAAAACUAACGAACCACUAGUUAACAAUACAUCAUGCACUGAGGCUUUGAAAAUGAUGGAAUCUUUGAAGAAAAUAGCCAGCAUUGAAGAUGCAGAUGAGCUGAAGGUUAGCCUUUCAGAUUUGCAAAAGUCUACAUCCUCACAGUUGUUGCAGAACUGGAAGAGUUUUCAGGAACUCAGUGACAAGGCUCAAAAUCACAGGCUAUCGUCCAACUUUGAACAUGAGUUAUCAUUUGAAACAUGCCAAGACCAAAGCUAUAGAAAUGAGGAACAGCCCUUUGAUAUUCAGGAAUUAGUGGAGGAACUUAGCACAAAUACCAAACUCCAAGAAGAGUUGUCGACCCUUGUCAAUAGAAAGACAAGUGAUGUAAACAUGAGUGAAGUCCCUAUGGAGAACUCUGAAAUGAAUGACACUGCAGAAUCUUACCCUGGGGAGAGAUUAAAUGAUCUUAAAGAAUCAGGUGUAGAAGAAGAGACAAUCAACUUCAUAGAAUCAAACUUUGAACAGGAAGUGGGAGAUUAUGUUAAAUCAAUCAUUCAAAAUGUCACAAGUGCACUCAUAGCGGACACUGGAAGCACUGUUAGAGUUGGUACUAAAAAAGCUGAUUUUUCAGCUUUACAACAGGCAGAGAUCAGCAAAGAGCCAGAAGGCUGUACAGAAGAGCCAGUUGACCAAGAAAAAAAGCAGGAGGGCCAUGAAGAAGAGCACAAUAUUUAUGAAGAAGGAACAGAUAGAUAUGCAGAACAACCACUCUGCUAUGAUGAAAAUCAGGGCAAUUUCAUAGAACACUCAGCUAUCUGUCAAGGGGAGGAGCUUAUCCAUGAAAAUUGGCAGUGGACUUGUGAGGUAGAGCAGGGAAGCUAUGUAGAAAAAGAGGUUUGUUGUGCCGAACAAAGUGGUUGUGUAGAAGAGCAAGCUGAAGACCCAGAAAAGCAGAAGAGUAAUGAAAAAGAGAGGGCCAACUAUGUGGAAGAGCAAGUAAGCUAUGAUGCAGAAAAGACUAGCUAUGUAGAACAGACUGGUUUUGUAGAAGAACAGAAAAAUGACACAGGCAAUAAGUGCAGCCAUGAAGAGCAGCUGGCUAUCUAUGCAGAAGACCAGGCACACUGUUUAGAUAAGCAAUGUAUCUAUGAGGAGGAGCAGGGUUGUUGCCAGGAGGAUCAGGGGAGAAGCGUAAAAGAGCAAGAAAGCAAAACAGAAUGGCCGUCCAGCCAGGAUGAACAGCAGUUAAGUCCUGAUGAAGAACAGAACUGCCAUGAAAAUGAUCACGAUAGUUGUGUAGAAGAACCGGCAAAACAGUUUAACUAUGAAGAAGAACAGAAUAGCUAUGUGAAUAAACACAUUAGUUAUGAAAAAAAUGAAUCUACAUAUAAAGAGGAGAAAGCUGCUUGUAUAGGAGAACAAGAGAGUUUUACUGAACAAUGUCCAACCUAUGUAGAAAAACAGUCAAGUUAUGAAGACAAGCAAGACAGCAAAGAUGAACAACAGGCUAUGCACGAUGAGGAGCAGGUCAGGCACAUGGAAGAACAUUUCUGCUAUGUAGAAGAAAAUCAACCUAAUUGUGAAGAAGAGCAGGUUAAUAAAAGCACCCCACACAUGCAUACAACUCACAGCACAGAAGGUUCUAAUCAGCUCAACCUUGUCACUGAAGAAGCCAUGGUGGAAGACGAGUGUGUCUGGAAUAAUGUUUCCCAGUCUGUGAAAAUACUUGAGGAGUUAAACAACUCUCUGCACCCUGCUCCAUCCGCCUCCUCUUUAGCUUUUAGUUAUGACUCUAAGGGCAGCUUAAAGAGAGAAUUUGAAGGAACAAGGGUCAAGUCAAUUAGGGACCUGUUUUUAGCCAGAAGUAAUGUGGACUUCCAGUACGGCCACAAACAGCUACCUAGCCCAAAUACAUCAGACCUGUCUGACUACAGACCAGAAACAUCUGACAGCGGGGGGUACAGAUCCCAGGCAUCACUGGACACCUCUACAGAAAGUGGAGAGGAUGAAAGUGGACGACGGUCUAUUGCCAAAGGCUACGUGAGAAGAACCAUCGAGAGGCUGUAUGGGAGGAAUGACACUGCAGGCAAGCGACCUCCUUCUGGAGCAAAAGCCAAGAGAGAAAACAGACCAGGAAGCAACAGUGUUGGCAGCCUCACUGCUUUCCAUGAAGCAAAGGCCAAAGUGAUCACAGAUAUGUCCUACUUUAAUGCCACAAGCUUGUACACCACAUGUAACGAGCCGACUCAAUGCAUUGCCUUGAAAACUAAUGUGGACACAAAGGAAGGGGUUUUGAUUGACAAGGGCAGAUGGCUCCUCAAAGAGAACCAUCUGAUCAGAAAAUCCCCACCAGAGGACUCGGCAAUGCAAGAGAAUGGGGAUAGCAUGUCAGUGGAAACUGGGCCAGGCUAUGCAAGUGAUGCCGCUCCUUACUCGCACUUUGGGAGUCACAACCCUCCUCUCGCGGUCAUAUCGUCCCCAGAGUUGGAGGACCCAGGGAAAACAGCAGUGCCCAACUGCACCUACUUCAGCCUUCCCCAUGGCAGCGACUCAGAGCUUUUCCAGGAUGACCUGAACGUUAAAACAAACAGCAGCACUAAAGCAGCGAAGAAAGACUUUCAGCUUUCCCCAGCUACUGAGGAACCCAAAGUGUGCAUAGAAAAAAAUGGCAGCCUCCCAUCUUUUGCAUCUGUGGAGUUCAAGAAAACAGGCAACAAAGUGCAUCCACAAUCGGGGGCACCUGUGGUGGUAACUCAGCCUACCAGAGCACAGGGUGCCACUAACAGCAGAGCAGUCCAGGAGCAGGACCCUCUGGAGAUGCUGUACUUAAUGUGUGGUCAGCACUGUCCCAUACUGUGA